AUGGAUUCAGCUUCAGCUUCGGCUUCGGCUUCGGCUCCAGUGACUGGCCCACAUGGGCAGACAGAGCAACCCACUGUGGUUGUUUGCAUCGGAAUGGCAGGAGCGGGCAAGACCACAUUCAUGCAGCGGAUUAGUUCCCAUCAGUUUGCGAAGAAAGAGCCUCCUUAUCUCGUCAACCUCGACCCAGCUGUCGCCAACUCUCCGUAUCCGUGCAACAUCGAUAUUCGAGACUCGGUAAACUACAAGAAGGUCAUGGAGGAGUACAACCUGGGACCAAAUGGAGGUAUCAUGACGUCACUCAACCUCUUUGCGACCAAAGUAGAUCAGUUCAUCGGUCUUCUCGAGAAGAGGGCAACGCCGGACCCAGAGAACCCGAGUCGGAAACCCGUUAAGCAUAUUCUGGUUGAUACUCCAGGGCAGAUUGAAGCCUUCGUAUGGUCAGCCUCGGGGACCAUCUUUCUCGACUCCCUCGCGUCGUCGUUCCCAACGGUUAUCGCCUAUAUCGUCGAUACCCCGCGUAUAACUUCCACCUCAACCUUCAUGAGCAACAUGCUCUAUGCCUGCAGUAUUCUGUACAAGACGAAGCUUCCAAUGAUCAUCGUGUUUAAUAAGACCGAUGUGGAGGACGCGUCGUUCGCGAAAGAGUGGAUGACCGACUUUGACGCGUUCCAGGCAGCGCUAGACAAGGAGCAGGGCAAUAACGCGUUCAGUGGAGAGGACGGCACCGGAAGCGGAUACAUGGGUAGCCUCAUCAACAGCAUGAGCCUCGUGUUGGAAGAGUUCUACAGCCAUCUCAGCGUGGUUAACGUCAGUGCGAUCCAAGGCACUGGAAUCGACGACUUCUUUAAUGCCGUUAAGGACAAGACGGAUGAGUUCAGGCGCGAUUACCAGCCUGAGCUGGACCGGAGGCGGGAGCAGAGGGAAUCUGACAAGAAGAAGCAGAGGGAGAAAGAGCUGGACAAGAUGAUGGCCGGCAUGGCUAUAGGGCGGCCGGUCUUCGCACAAGUGCUGCAGCAAACCAGACACCGCGGGCGACAUCGAACUCGAACGAGAAAGGAUGUAGAACCGCUCAGCCCAGACGAGGAAAGCGAAGGACGAGCUUGA